GCUUUGAUUCUGUCUGCAAUGAUUCUGUUAUGGGUUUCCUUUUAGAGAUCAGUUAACAUUCUGCUAAGGACACUUUUAUACCAAUGUAACUUUUGCCUUUUUUAAAAAUGUAAGAAUCGGCCACUGCUGUCGAUCACGCAAACUUUCUGCUGCGGAAAAGUGAAACAGAUAGGUAUUUACAGUAAACGACAGUGCUUACAUAAUUGCCUUUUAAGGCACGACCAGAAACGUUAACUAAUUUCGCCCCACAGAUGCUGCCAGGCCUGCCUACUGUGUUUGUUUCUCAUUUCCUUCUUUCGGUUUUUACCAACGUACCAAGUUCUGGGAAAAACUUUAAUUGUGAAAUGGAGGGCGAAAAUUCAGAAGUUAGCUAAUAGUCUGAUGACACACUAGCAGCUAGUCGUACGUAACAUGGAUGAGGCUGGGCUGACUGACACUGGAUCACCUCUGCUGACUGUUCCCAGGUUCUUUCUGUCUGUCACUGUGACGGAGACUGAGACUGGGUUGUCUGUUCUGAUCUGGACACUUGAAGCUGAUCUCAGAUAAUUGUCAAUGAAUGUGAAUGACGCACCUCUGCGUGGAUUUCCCUACAGCCAAUGAUUGGGUGCCAGUCCAGCUCUCCCUGUAUGGAAAGGAGCCGGAAACUGGGUUUGUGUUUGAAUGACCAGCCACCUGUUCACACACAAACACACACUCUACUUUGUCUCUUCGCUUGCCCGUCUGCUGUUGCUCCAACUUCUGCUCCAUACUCAUGGAUUACGGAAAACCCUUAGUUAAAGGGGGCAAGGCCGAGGGGCUGAGUGGCGGCACCACUUCGGUCAAGAUGCCCAUGCCUAGUGGGGCUGUUACCGGCGCCUGGGUGAAUGGGCACUCGGAGUGGCAGCGAGGAGCGGCGGCUCAGUGGCAGGAGGAGCGGACCCGCAGCAUCGAAGACAACCAGCUGAACCUGCCGAGUCUGGAAGCCGCCUAUUCCUCGAUCCUGAAGGGACUUGGCGAGGACCCAGAGCGACAGGGUCUCCUCAAGACGCCGUGGAGAGCCGCCACUGCCAUGCAGUUCUUUACCAAGGGUUACCAGGAAAAGAUUUCAGAUAUUUUAAAUGAUGCUAUAUUUGAUGAAGACCACGAUGAGAUGGUGAUAGUGAAGGAUAUUGACAUGUUUUCAAUGUGUGAACACCACUUAGUUCCAUUUAUUGGAAAGGUUUCAAUUGGUUAUUUACCAAACAGAAAAGUUAUAGGAGUGAGCAAGUUAGCCAGAAUUGUUGAAAUUUACAGUAGGAGACUCCAAGUACAAGAGCGUCUCACCAAACAAAUUGCGAAAGCGAUCACAGAAGCCUUACAGCCUGCAGGUGUCGGAGUGGUGAUUGAAGCCACGCACAUGUGUAUGGUGAUGAGGGGAGUGCAAAAGAUGAACAGUAAAACUGUAACCAGCACCAUGUUAGGUGUUUUCCGGGAAGACCCGAAGACCCGUGAGGAGUUUCUAACUCUUAUUAAGAACUGAAAAUUGAACGCUGAAUGGAACAUACUGCUUUUAGAUGUUCAAUAUAUGCUUUAAUUGUUAUUACUUGUAUUUGUUAAAUGUUUAGAUGUAGGAUUCAGAAUUACAAAAAUAUGAACCUGUUAAUAGUAAAGGAUAAUGUACGUUGGGUUAUGUCAAUAUACUGUAACAAAGUCACAGUUCUUAGUGUUUAAUAUUUGAGUGUCUUAGAAUUCUCAAAAAGAUACAUGAUAGUUUCAUAGAUUUAGAUGUCUUGUAACCAAUAGGUUGGUAUUUAAUGGAAUCUAGCAGAGGUCUACUCAGAAUAUUUAUACAAAUUUACACAUUUAGUUUUUAAUUAAAAACAAAAAAAGUACUUUUUCCUCUGUGUACCAGCCAGUUGAAUGAGGAAAUAUCACAAAUAGUACUGAAUUUUCACUGAAACAUUUUAUCCUUUGCACCUGUAUGUAGUCUCCUUGUUGCACAUAUUUUUAAAAUUUAUUUUUCUAAGUAGCAUCAAACAGUGCUUCUGAAGACUUGGAGUAAAUGUCAUGGUGGUGGAAUUUACAGUGGUGUCUGAAGAAAACUGCAUAGUCCUUCUCCACAUGACAGUUACUUGUGCAGAGUUUGUGUAGAAUUCUGACUUCAUUCCAUUGACAAAUUAGGUUCAAUAGAAGAAGUUAAAUCUUUUCAAUAUUAUUGUUUGCUUCAGAGUUGAGAACUGCUAUGAUUGUGCAAAUACUGUGUACAUAUGAAGCAAAAGGAAAAAGGGAUGUCAAUCUGGCCACCAUACUUUAUAUAUCCAGAUUGACUCAAAAGUUAGGGGAAUUAAUGUGUUUUUAAUGUUUUUGUCUCUAAUGUUUGAUCUAGAGGAUAAUUCCAUGCAUUGGUAACUGUGGCUCUUGUGUCUCUUUCAUGCCUCUGCAGCCAGAAGACGAUAUAGUGCUCAAGGAUGUGGUCUGACUACAGAUUGAAUAAGCUUUUCUUUAACUUUCAUAUUAUACUGUUUGAUUGUUUUAUAUUGACUUUGCUUAGAAAUUAACCUAGAAAUGGUUUGACCAAUUUGCGAUCAUUUGUAUAUUCAACAGUUGUCAUAGUCCUGUGUCUGCCUAAAUCACGCAUAUAGACAUUUUUUAUUCAACCUUUCAGAUGUUAUGGUUGGACUUUAUCUCUGGGUCAGAAGGCCUGGGUUCAUGACACUACCAUUGCACUAAGAGCCCUCACAGUCCAUUCAGGCACCUAUUAAUCACCUAACUCAUUGUUACAUGUGAACAUGAUCCCUAAUAUAUUUCAUAGACAAUUACUUUAAAUCUCUCAACCACUGGCAACAGUCUGCAUUGUCCAUUCAUGAUUUUAGACACCACUAUCAAAUCACCUCACUCUGUUAUAAUGAACAGGAGUCCAGGUUUUCAGAUUUUUCUAGAGCUUUUUUAAUUUUCCCAUUCUAGGUGGCAUUUUCCACACCCUUCCUGGAGUAUGAAUUUCUGAAUUGUAUACAUGACUGAAGCUGUGAUUUUACUUAUCUCGACUUACCAUUUUAAGUUUUACAUUUACAUCUUACUCUAAAAUCCCCGAAUUCAUGAACUUUUCCUUCACAUUGAAAUUAUCCAUGUGAAGUGCUGCUUUUAUAAUGAACCAAAUAUUCUCCAAUCUUGUACAUCAUCCAACCUUUUUUGCUGUUCAAAUUGGAAUGGUUACUUUUAUCUAACCAAGGGUGCCACCUCAUUUGCUGACAUUAAAUUCCAUUUGUCAUGUCUUACAGAUCCUCUCAUCAAUAUUGCCUUUCAACUUUCUUUGAUCAUCAUUAUUUACUCAGUCUGUUUUAGUACUAUCUAUAAAUUUCUCCUAGCUUUCUUUUUCAAGCCUUAUAUCGUAAUCACUGUUUGCUACUCUAUUGUGCUUGGACCUCUUAUUCAGCAUUUUACAUUAGUCUAAUAAUGUUUGUCAAUCACUGUUCUACCCUCUCGAGCUACAGAAGAAGUUGGACAGAAUGUGUUCUGAUUCCUUCAAUUCCACUGCCCUAAUUUCAUAACGCUAGCAAAUUUCAUGAAUUUGAAUUGAUCAUCUCAUUCAAAUUUAUGGGGAACAGAUACUCAAUUAAGACAAUGGUAGAGGGGAAAUAUACAUUUGCACCAUUAGUCAGAUUUAUAAUGAACUCUAGUACCACAUUCAAGUUAGAAAAAAAAAUGAAAAGGAGAAUAUAUAGGCUGUUUGAGAGGAGAGUACUGUCAGGCUUGCAGGUGGCACAUUACUUGUGUUUUAACAUUUCUUGUGAAAUGUCCUGAUGAGUGCAAAGUGAAAAACUAUGACAAAAGGUGUCUUUUCAGUAAGAGCUUAAAAAUGUGUUGCUGGAAAAGCGCAGCAGGUCAGGCAGCAUCAAAGGAACAGGAGAAUCUUCAG